GCACAAUCCCUUUGUGCACAUUCAUUGGACACUUGGCCAGGCCUGGCUAUAUAAUGCUGCUGAGACCCUCCCCCUCCACAGCCAAGCACAGUUACUCUCGCCUCUGUGCCUUGCAAGCUAGGAGAACUACAAAUGACUACCCACCACAUGGAGUCGAUGGGCCAUUUCAAGAUCACCGUCUGGGAGGAAGAAAACUUCCAGGGGAAGCGCUGUGAGUUUGUGAUGGACUGUUCCAGCAUCAUGGAACGAGGCUUCCGCAAAAUCCGCUCCAUCAAGGUGGAAAGCGGCCCCUGGGUGGGAUUCGAAUAUCCCGAAUACCAAGGACAGCAGUUCAUCUUGGAGAAAGGGGACUACCCCCGCUGGGAGGCCUGGAGCGGAAGCACUGGCUACCGGACUGAGCACCUGCUCUCCUUUCGGGCGAUCAAGUGUGCUAACCACAGUGACAGCAAAGUGACCUUGUAUGAGAGUGAGAACUUCCAAGGACGCAAGUUUGAUCUCACUGAUGACUACCCAUCCCUUCAGGCCAUGGGUUGGAGCAGCAAGGAAGUGGGCUCCAUCAAGGUCAUCUCUGGAGCGUGGGUAGCAUACCAGUAUCCCGGCUACCGGGGCUACCAGUAUAUUCUGGAGCGGGACAGACAGAGUGGAGAAUACAGGAGAUACAGUGACUACAGCACCCAAGCCCACACCAACCAGAUCCAGUCCAUCCGUCGUGUCCAGCACUGAGCCAAGUCUUCGCAGCGAGAUGUCUGACCCUCCUGCACAACUAUAUCCCCCUAUAUGCCUGCCUUUGUGCCUAAGGGUCCACCAAACAGUAGAUGUAUACCUAGUAGCCAAUAAAGGCAUUUACCAAA